GCGUGUGGUCACUACAUGUCUGUUCAUUCAUCCACGGCACGGAGGGGGAGACUCCGUGGUACACCCAUAGUACACCGCAACAAUUUCCAUCUCACAUCUGGAAGCAACGGUCGGAUUAACUUUAUGAGUGUUACGAUAAGCAUACAGAGGUGCAAAAUGGAGACGACUAUCCAGUGAAUGAGGGUCCGGACACUGUCAUCCACGUAUUCACCUGAGAUCAGUCCGACAGACUCCUUCGUCUCCUGCUGACUUGAACACACAGUCCUCCACAAUGGUCUUGGCCUCGUCACACUCCUUCAGGCUGAAGUAUAUGUCUUUGGGGGUGCUGGUGUUGCAGACCACCUCACUCGUUCUCACUAUGCGCUACUCCCGCACCCUGAAGGAAGACGGCCCCCGCUACCUUGCCUCGUCCGCCGUGGUGUCGGCUGAGGUGCUCAAGAUCCUCGCCUGCACCCUCCUCGUCUUCAUGGAGAGCAAUUUCAGUGUGAAGGCCAUAAACCAGCUGCUGAGGGAGGAGAUUGUGAACAAGCCUGCGGAGACCAUGAAGCUGGCCAUUCCUGCAGGGAUCUACACGCUGCAGAACAAUCUGCUCUAUGUUGCCUUAUCCAACCUGGAUGCAGCCACCUAUCAGGUCACAUACCAGCUGAAGAUUCUCACCACAGCACUGUUUUCUGUCUCCAUGCUGGGGAAGCGGUUGGGCUUCUACCAGUGGCUCUCGCUGCUCUUCCUCAUGGCUGGAGUCAUGCUAGUACAGUGGCCAACAGAGUCUGAAGGUGACUCUGAGCAGAAGAUCCUGUCUGCAGGCUCCCAGUUUGUGGGAUUGAUGGCUGUGCUGAUGGCCUGUGUGUCUAGUGGCUUUGCGGGAGUUUACUUUGAGAAGCUCCUCAAAGAAACUAAACAGAGCGUGUGGGUCCGUAACAUACAGCUGGGUUUAUUUGGCUUUGUGUUUAGCCUCAUAGGAAUGAUAGUGUAUGACGGCCAGAGAGUGAGACAGUCGGGAAUGUUUCAGGGCUACAACACCAUCACCUGCACAGUUGUUGCCUUACAGGCUCUGGGCGGGUUGGUCGUAGCUGUGGUUAUUAAAUAUGCAGACAACAUCCUCAAAGGAUUUGCUACCUCUCUGUCCAUCAUCAUGUCUGCGCUCAUUUCAUAUUUCCUGCUGGAGGACUUUAAUCCCACUGGUAUAUUUUUCCUAGGGUCACUACUGGUUAUUGCUGCCACAUUUCUUUACAGCUACGAGUGCAAACCUGCAAUUAGUAGCACCAUCAAAGUGUGAACGGAGACCUCUGCUAACACUACUUCCUGUAAGACCUGUCGACCGGCAGCCAGAGUACAAUGAAGCUAUCCUGCCAUGUCAACUGAAAAUGUUGCAGUCAAAGUAACAUACUGCAUGACCAAAUUAUCCCAUAGAAAUGGACUGUAAGUGUAAUUUCAAGGGACCAGGAGGAGAUGAAAGCAUGGGUUCAUGGAUGAUUGCAAAUCGGUACUUUAUAAUUCAAUAUUUCAAUUGUGUAUUUAUAUGUUAUGGGGUAUGGGGAAAGGGAGUAUAUUUACAUAACAAAAAGGUUAUCGCUAUUGAUGGUUCUGAGGGCGCCUGCCUCAAAGGGAGGAAAAUCCUUGACAGAGCUUCCAUCUAGUGGUGGAAUGAGGAGCAAGUUUGCUGCAAAGAGGAGGGGUUACCUCUGUUCAAAGAUGCUGAAUGUCCUUUUUCAUAUGAGAUGAAAUAAGAUGUGAUAUGACUGGGCUGACCUUGCUGCUCACAGUCUGAGUAUUUAUAUCAAAAGCACACAUUCUAGUGUUAUUUAAAUGCAAAAUAAGGGUUUUUAUGUAAGAAUAAAUGAAUAAAUUAAGGCAUCUUUCAUGCUGAAACAACCAGCUCUGCCUUGAUCUUUCUUCUUACUUCAAAGAGAAAUGAAUGGAUGAAUUGGAUCUGUGCGUGAGUGUGCACACUCGCACACAUACUAAUGCAUACACACAGAGUUAGGCACACCCGUGAAUAUGCUGAACUGAGUUCUUCUGUGUGUGUGUGUUCCAGUUGCAGUGCACUCAGAAACACCAAACCAGUCUCUAUAGCAACAGAUGGCUGAACUGCAGUGCCAUGACAAAUGUAGACACACAGAUUUAAUAUAACCUAUUUUAACUUCUCUGAGUAUUUUACAUGGUAAUAACAGCCAUUUUUAUUCAACAAUGUCCCUGACAAAUUAAAACAGAAUUGAGGCAGAUGAACAAAACCAACACAUAUUUCCUAUUUAACCAGUUUUGUCACAGUCACAGAUAAUCUUUGCAUAGUUGUGGAUUUUGGAGCAAAUGAGUAUAUCUUGAUGGAAAUCGAGUGUUUGUGAUGAAAAAUGAGCAGGCAGAUGGGAAGGUGAGGCGUGAACCUGGAGAGAAGCACAGAUGGAGGAUGAAUCAUGUGACUUGUGCAUGGAGUGACGGGCAGGGACUCGGACUGAACCCAGUGUGAGCCACUGGACAGACCAUAGCCAUGACACAGGAAGGCCUUCAUCUGUCAUUAUAUGCACCAACCUGC